AUGUUUGGCUCUGGCGACACUGGGCGUCCCAGACGCAAAACUGACAACGUAAGAAGGAGGAAGCUGCUGCUUUCGUACGCCCCAGACUGGGUUGUGACUAUCGCGUUAGCGGCUGCAUUCUUUGCAUUGGACAAAGUUACGGGAUUCAAACGGGAGUUCUCGGUGACGGAUACUUCGCUGCGGCAUCCCUAUGCUGUACAUGAACGAGUUCCGAAUCUCGCACUGUACAUGAUCGCGAUCGUUGCCCCCAUAGUUCUGCAAUGGGUGGCAAAUGUCUUCACCAUUCGAUCAUGGUGGGACGCCCAUAACAGUACCCUCGGAGUGAUUCUCGGGCUCUCUCUUACUGGCGCAAUAACCCAAUUCGCGAAGAUUACAGUCGGUCGCCCGCGACCAGAUCUUAUUUCUCGGUGUAAUCCUGUCGAGGGAACCGUUGACCCAACAUUUGGCCUUUCAUCGGCUGCUAUCUGCAACCAGAGCAGCACGUACAUCCUCGAAGACGGGUUCCGUAGCUUCCCCAGUGGCCAUGCCAGCUUAUCGUUUGCUGGUCUCGGUUUUCUGUCCUUCUAUCUUGCCGGUAAGAUGCAUCUGUUUGACAGGCGAGGACAUGCUGCGAAAGCAUGGAUCGCAUUGACGCCAUUGGCGGGCGCCUCUCUUGUGGCCAUCUCCCGUACGAUGGAUUAUCGCCACCAUUGGCAGGAUGUCCUCACCGGCUCCAUCCUAGGUCUCGUGACCACAUACUUUGCCUAUCGACAGUACUACCCUUCCCUUGCGUCGGAGCAUUCCCACCGUCCCUAUUCUCCUCGCAUCAAACGUGAUGAGGCCACACUCCCGAUGCACCGACCGACUCCCUCUGCCGAUGUAAUGUAUUCUGGUGCCAGUGGCCACGGCGCGUCUCAGUACCAUGAUGGCAGUGAGGAAGAGGUCGAGUUGGUAGACGGCACUGUGCGCCGAGGCGGACCAGGCCCAUUGGAGGAUGUUUGGAAGGACGGCGACGAGCGGAGGAAAUCGCCUCAUGACGGUGCCAUCUGAUUGCAGACUUGAUCCAAUGAUUGUUUCCAGCACCGGCGAGGAUUUUUAUACAAUGACUGUACUAAUGCUGGGGCCAAAGGUUAACCAUUUCUACAACAC